AUGCACGGGAGUGCAGUGUUGUUCCUGCUGGUAGCUGCGGUGGUGGCUGGGGUCUUCUCUGCUCCCAACCCCAUCAAAACUGGCGAAACUAGUGGAUACCUGAGCAGUAGAUACAAGAGAGACUAUGGAGAAGUUGAUGACAAUUCCCAGGAAGACGACCACAGCCCAGUAGGUUAUCGUCGAGGGGGAGGAGGACGAGCCACCUACCGAGGUCAAGAGGCACCACAGGUAGACUCCACCCGCCGAACCGUCAGAGAAGCCAAAAGAAAACAUUGUCCCUUUUGCAACCUUGCAGAACACAUCUCUGGCAGCGGCUCUGUGAGUGGUUCCUUCUCCUUCAGUGGAUCAGGAGGAGACUCAGGCAGCGGAUCAGCUUCAUUCAGUGGAUCAGGAGGAGAAUCAGGCGGUGGCGGUGGAUUUGGAGGUGGUUCAGGUAGUGGUGGUGGAUCAGGCGGUGGCGGUGGAUUUGGAGGUGGUUCAGGCGGUGGUGGUGGAUUCGGGGGUGGCGGUGGAUCUGGUGGCGACAGUGGUGAAUUCGGUGGCAGUGGAUCAGGGGGCGGAUUCAGCGGCGGUGGUGGAUCUGGAGGUGGAAUUGGUGGUGGUGGAGGAUCAGGUGGUGAUCAGGCGGAGGAUUUGGCGGUGGAUCUGGAGGUGGCUCAGGUAGUGGUGGUGGAUCAGGCGGUGGCGGUGGAUUUGGAGGAGGUGGAUCAGGUGGCAGAAUCGAUGGUGGAUCAGGUGGUGGAUUCGGGGGUGGCGGUGGAUCUGGUGGCGACAGUGGUGAAUUCGGUGGCGGUGGAUCAGGGGUGGAUUCAGCGGCGGUGGUGGAUCUGGAGGUGGUGGCGGUGGAUCGGGGGUUUCUUUGGUGGUGGCGGAGGAUCGGGAGGUGGAUUUGGUGGUGGAUCAGGUGGUAGCGGUGGAUCAGGGGUGGAUUUGGUGGCGAUAGUGGUGAAUCAGGUUGUGGUGGUGGAACAAGUUGUGAGUGGUGGAUCCGGAGGUGGAUUUGGCGGUGGUGGAUUCAGCGGCGGGGGUGGAUCAGGAGGUGGAUUCGGCGGUGGCGGUGGAUCGGGAGGUGGAUCGGCGGUGGAUCAGGAAGGUGGAUUUGGAGGCGGAUCAGGGAGUGGAUUCGGCGGCGGAUCAGGAGGUGGAUUUGGGGGUGGUGGUGGAUCAGGAGGUGGAUUUGGGGGUGGCGGUGGAUCAGGAGGUGGAUUCGGCGGUGGUAGCGGAUCAGGAGGUGGAUUCGGCAGCGGUGGUGGAUCAAGUGGAGGCAGUGGCGGCUCUUGGCGUGGCGGUGGCGGUGGUGGCGGUUGUCUUACCAAUAAACCGGGCGUCACAUGUUCUGCUUCCGGAGGCGGUUUCCAGAUCGGAGGAAGCGGUGGAGGUUAUGGAGGCAGCGAAGGAGGAGGAAGUUCCUGGGCCACGGGGGCAACCUACUCUGGCGACAGCUCUGGCAGGGUGAAGGGUGUCAGGGUGGACAUCCGUACUGGUGGGGAGGAGGAUUAA